AUGACUACAGUGUCGUUGCUAUGGGUUGGCGAUUUAAGUCAAGACAAGCGGAUGGCCAGUACUUCUAUGAAAGUAUCAGAUGAGCGCUACCGACCAAAACUUAUAGAGUUGAAGGAAGAUCAGAAAGAAAUUAGAAUUGGUCGCCUCAACUCUACAAAUCCGCCUCAUUACCUUAUUGAAAGUUGCAUCAAUAAGCGUAUGAUUUCACGCAACCAUGCCACUAUUGAACGAUUACCGGACGGUGGUUUUAUGUUGUACGAUCACAGUAUGAACGGAACCUACGUUAACUACAUUCGAGUUUCCGGUGGUGUCACCCUCAAGAGUGGGGAUAUUGUCUGCUUCGGUCAUCUUAACGGUGCUAACCUAAAACCGGGUGAUGAUGUUACUCCAUUCUUUUCGGACCUCAAGUACCAGGUAUACAUUGGUUCCCCCAAAGAAGUGGCUGCUGCCACAGCUGAGGCAGGUGAAUCGAAUUCUGAACGGGUAUCCGCCAACAAGCGGCAACGGAAAUCCAGUGGAGGCAGUCACGAUGUCAAAAAGGCUGCCGUCACCUCUUCGAAAACUCCCAGCCGUCAUCGAGGUGGCGAUGAUGCAGUAGCUAGCAUCAAAUCCGAGGCAGAAGACAGUGACGAGGACUUAAUGGAUCGUCUGUCAAAGCGCAAAUCCAAUGCUCCAUCUGGUGGGAACACCGCCAAGAAAAACUCAUCUUCCAAGAGCAAUGGUAUGAAAAAACAUGCCUCACCUCCUCCAUCCGCCACAAAAAAAUCUAAACACCACUCGAAGAAGUCUCGUGCCAGAGAGAUGGCGGUUGAUGCCGAGGAUGAUGGAGAUGAUGUCGGCGAGGGGGACUCCGCCGCUGGAGGUGACAAUGAAGACGUCACUCGUUAUGGGGAGGAUGAUCAGGAGGAAUGUUCAGCGCGUACCUGUAAGAAGCCUGCCGGAACGGCCAUUGAUUGGAUCCAGUGCGACAAGUGUUCCAAAUGGUACCACCAAAUUUGUCUUAAUUUGACCCCAGAGGAGGCGGAUGUGGAUGUCUAUUACUGCCCGUCGUGUACCAAAAAGCGCUAG